CUUCAAUUUUAGAAGAACUUGUCACUGAAAAAAGCCAAGAAAAAAAUACAAUCGAUCAAAUUAUAAAAAAUCAAAAAGGCGUUGAAAGCUAUUCAAAAUGGUGUAAAAAAUAUAAUACGACCAAUAUAGAUAAUAAAAAACAUACUUGUUCUAAAUGUAAUGAAAAAUUAGAUACAUUAGCUUUACGUCAUAUAUUAUUUAAUAUGAUCAGACAUACCAAUAAUGAAUCACCAGAAGAAUUUUUGAAUCCACAAGAUAAUAAUCGUGUAUUUAAAAGUCUUGAAGAGGAGUAUUCACUUAGUAAACAACUAAAAAAUUUUAGUAGCUUGGCAUGUGAAAG